GUAUAUGAAUACGCACGCGACACUGGAGCGGGCAGUAAUAAACCGGCUUUCGUAAGACACUCGUGUUUCAUUGCUACGCUCCCAUAUCUAUCAUCUGGCGGCGAGGACUAGGCGACUACCCGCGUGUUGUAAAAAUUUUAUAAAUUGUGAAAAAAAUGAGUUUUAUCGGGAAUAUUCCAAUUUUCGACAUUAGUCAGGAUUGGAAAAUAUUUAAAAGUCGUUUGGAGCAGUUUGUUAAGCUUAACAAAAUCGAAGCAGGAGACAAAAGUGCAGUUUUACUGACGCACCUGAGUGAUGAAGCCUAUCGCUUGGCUCGGAAUUUGGUCUAUCCGAGCGAAUUAGAAGCGACAACCUACGAAAACUUGGUAAAAAAACUCGACGAUCAUUUCACACCAAAAAGGUCGUCAUUCGCUGACAGGGCGAAGUUUUAUGGAGCGUCGAAGGGCGACGGCGAGAGCGUCGAGACGUGGGCGGCACGGCUGAGGGGGCUGGCUGUCUACUGCGACUUCGGCAGUGAGCUGGACACACUUCUUCGAGACAAAUUCGUGCUCGGAAUGAACGAUGGACCGGAGCGCGAUCGUCUAUUUGAGAUGGACUUGGCUACGACCACGUUAGCAAAAGCCUUGGAGGUCGCACAGCAAGCAGCUUGUGCACGCCAGGCUAAAGCUGUGUUGGUGAAGCAGGAGCCAGUCUACAGAAUGGCGGCUGGCAACAGCGGGCGAGGUCACGGUGCGAGCGGCAGCGGCAGCCAUUUUGAGGCGAGGCAGGCUGACGGAGCGAGAUCCGUUAACCAGCGACGUUGUACAUUGUGCGGGCUAAAAAGUCAUUCGGAAGAAAAGUGUCGGUACAAAGGCUAUAAAUGCCAAAAGUGUGGUGCUAAAGGUCACUUAAAAAGAAUGUGCAGUGAUAAAAAAGUGAAUAAUUUACACAACUUGUGUUCCGAAGGAUCUGCAGUGAUGGAGGAUCAGGAUGAUCAUGAUUGUAAGGAAUGCAAUUUAUUCAAUUUGAGGGUCUCAAAUUAAGGGUGAAGAAAUGUGGUAUAUGAAUACGCACGCGACACUGGAGCGGGCAGUAAUAAACCGGCUUUCGUAAGA